AUGAACUCCUUCUUUGGUGAUGAUAUACAAGAAGAAGAAAAUCUUCUUCAGGAAAUCAUAAAAGAAAAAGGUGAUGAAAUUCCUUAUAUUAUUAAAGAAAUAGCAUGGUCUAAGUUAAGUUCAAAUGGGGAAAAAAAUAUGGGAGUAGGUAUAAAAACAUCUUUAAAGGAUGAAUGUGCAAUAAAAAAUGAGCAAGAGAAUGGAGAGGAUAAUACAAAAAAUAGCACAGAAUUUAAUAACCCAAACAAAUCAUAUAAUAAUGAUACAAAAAUUGGAAAUGAAAUAAGACAUAAUAACGAAUACAUAUUAAAUGUUAAACUAAAUACAAAUAUUUUUCCAUUUCAUAUAAAAAAAAAUGGAAAAAUAAAUUCAGAUAUAUUUUUUAUACCAUAUAAAAGUGAAGAUAAUAAAGAUGUAAUAACAAAAUAUACAUAUAAUUAUGACUAUUAUGAUAUAUAUCCACAAAAUGUUGAACUAACUAAUAAAAAUUUUCAUGCAAAUAAAAAAAAAAAUGAAAAUUCGUCAAGCCAUAACAAUUUGGUAAAAUGUGAAAAGGAGGAUAUGGAUAAAGAUGAAGAAAAUAAUUUUCAAAAAUUUUUGGUACAUUUUAGAGGACGAUUAUUUAUUGGAAGUAAUAUAAAUUAUUCUUUUUUUAAUGCUCAAACAUUUUUAGCAACUUUAAGCAAUGAUGAUCAUACAGCUAGCGAAACACAAAAUCAAUUAUGUUAUGUUAAUAAAAAAAUACAAACUUAUAAUAUGAUACCUAGUGCUACUUAUUGGAAGCAAGAUGAAUAUCCCGAUAUAUCUGAUUCAAAUAUACAAAAACUUCAAAUGUUUUUUAUUUCUCAAUCGAUAGCUAAUUAUGACAAGGAAUCCCAACUUAAUGCAUAUGAAGGUGAACUCGUAUUUUAA